AUGACUAUCACUAGGACUUUGCACGAUGGCUGGAGCUUCACCCAGAUUGGCGGAGGGGAGGCUGUCAAGGAUGGCGAAUGGCUCCCUGUGCAAUCAUUCCCGACCACCGUCCACGUCGAGCUGCUAAAGCAGGAGAAGAUCCCUGAUCCGUUUCUCGGAUUGCAUGAAUGGGACGUGCAGUGGGUCGGCGAGGUCCCGUGGGCGUUCAGGACGCAGUUUGCUGCCAGCCAAGCGGAAGUGUCUGCGCCCAACGUCGAUAUUGUCUUCGAUGGUCUCGACACGUUCGCCACCGUCACUCUCAACGGACACAAAAUAUUGGAGACGGAGAAUCAGUUCAUUUCCCACCGAGUUCCUGUCAAACCAUUACUCAGGCAAGGCAGCAAUGAGUUGCUUAUCACGUUUGCGAGCGCGUUCCGAAAGGGAAGAGAGGCAGAAAAAGUACACGGGAAACUGAAUCUCUGGAAUGGCGACUCUAGCCGUCUUCAUGUCCGCAAGGCCCAAUACAACUAUGGAUGGGAUUGGGGACCGGUAUUGAUGACCGCCGGGCCCUGGAAACCUAUUAGCUUGGAGACGUACCAAGCCCGCAUAUCGGACGUUGAUAUCCGUGCCAGGGUGUCCGAAGAUCUGUCGGCCAGUCUGGACGUGAGCUUUACGUUGUCGCGCGAUGACCACAGCAUUGCCUCAGUCAACGUGAGGGGCCCCGAUGGCUCCUUGGUAACCGGCCAAAGCAGCAUACAAAUCCAGCAAUCAGAGGCGAAGGCUCGCUUCAAAUUCUCCGCGGGUACUUACGAACUAUGGUAUCCUGUGGGGUAUGGUAAACAGCCGCUGUAUACUGUUGAGAUCGAGGUCAAGGAUGAGCAUGGCGCUCUCGACUCCAAGACUCAGAAGAUUGCCUUCCGCCGGGCCCGAGUAGUGCAAGACAAGCUCAUCGACCAGGAGGGCCGAACCUUCCUCUUCGAGAUCAAUAACAUCAGGAUCUUUUGCGGAGGUUCCAACUGGAUUCCUGCGGACUCCUUCCUCACGACGAUGACCCGUGAUAGGUACAGAGCAUGGCUCCAGCUUCUUGUGGAUGGUAACCAAAACAUGGUCCGUGUCUGGGGAGGCGGCAUCUACGAGGCCGAUGACUUCUAUGACAUUUGUGAUGAGCUCGGUAUUCUGGUUUGGCAGGACUUCAUGUUUGGCUGCGGUCAAUACCCUGCCUAUGACUCCUUUACCAAGUCGGUCGAGCUAGAAGCAGAACAGAACGUCAAGCGCCUGAGACAUCAUCCAUCAGUGGUCAUUCUCGCUGGAAACAACGAAGACUAUCAGCUCGCCGAGUCAUGCAAGCUCGACCUCGACUAUUCCGACGAGCAAUCAGACUUCCGCAAGACCACUUUCCCAGCGCGUUACAUCUAUGAGCGCCUCCUGCCGUCGGUCACCAACAAGCUCAGUGACAUUCACUACCACCGCAGCUCGCCUUACAGUGGGUAUGGAAAACCGACGACCGACAGGAAUUAUGGUGACCUGCAUCAAUGGAACGUCUGGCAUGGUUCGCAAGAGCCAUGGCACAACUGGGACAUCCUUUCUGGCCGAUUCGUAUCUGAAUUUGGAAUGGAAGCGUACCCCGAUAUUCGUACCGUUGACUACUGGCUCGGCGGAGACAGGUCUCAGCGGUACCCUCAGUCGCGGUCCGUAGUGAAUCAUAACAAGGCCGAUGGCUUCGAACGUCGUUUGGAGCUCUACCUCGUGGAGAAUUUCAAACAUUCCUUUGAGAUCGAGAGCUAUGUGUACUAUACCCAGAUCAUGCAGGCGGAGACCCUUGCUUCUGCCUACCGCCUGUGGCGACGAAACUGGGCAGGCAAGGGGCGAGAGUACACCGCCGGUGCUCUGGUCUGGCAGAUCAAUGACUGCUGGCCGACGACAUCGUGGGCCAUUGUCGACUACUUCCUGCGUCCGAAGCCGGCGUACUUCACCAUUAAGCGCGAGCUGCGUCCCUACACGGUCGGCAUGACGCGCAAGGAGAAGAAGACAUUCGCGGACGACCUGACGGCCGCCUUCUUCACCAUCGAGACCGUUCUCGAGAUCUGGGGCACGAACAGCACGCUCACGGAGAAGAAGGCCACGCUCGAGGUCACCGCGUUCGACCUGCACUCGGAGUGGACAGAGACGUUCACGCAGAGCGCCGUGCUCGCGGCCAACGCGAGCACCGAGCUCUUCAAGGGCGCGCUGCCCGGGCAGCCGACGCGCACCAAGGCGAGCGAGGUGCCGCGGACGAUCAUCGUCUCCGCACGUCUCCUAGACAGCAACGGCGCCGUGCUCGGCCGCUACUCCAACUGGCCCGAGCCGUUCAAGUACAUCAGUUUCCCCGAGAUUAAGGACCUCGGGCUGAGCAUCACGGUUGGAUCGGACGGCGAGUCCGUGGAGCUCUCCACAAGGAAGCCGAUUAAGGGCAUUGUGCUCGACGUCGAGGGGGACACGGCUAAAUGGAGCGACCAGGCCAUCGACCUGGUGCCGGGCGACCCGCAGGUGGUGCGCGCUGUGGGACUGAAAGGGCGAAAGGUCAAGGCGCGCUUCCUAGGGGACGGAACGGCAUGAGCGUCAAGACACGAGCGGGGUGUGGACUCGGAAUUCAGUUGAGAACGCAUCUGUACUAGUAAGAGCGUCUGUGCCAUCGGCAGCGCUGCAUGCGAUUCAAAUAUGAUGGGGCUGAACUCUGCCGACUUCGUCAUAACAC